AUGGUUCUUAGGAUGCAGUCAGGAAUUAAUAACUUCAAAACCCUUUCUAGCAAGAUAUUAAAAGAAAACUAUACAGAUCUAAGAAUAGGAACUAGAUUGAAUGAAGGACCUGGACUAACAUGUUCUUCCAAAUUCAUAGCAUAUGCAAAUGAUGGAGGAGGAGGAUCUGCGAGUAUUAUAUCAAUAGAUUCAAUAGGAAUAAGGAAACCUCCAACAAUGAUGGUUUCUGGCCAUUCAGCAGGAAUUACUGAUAUGAAAUUUUCUCCAUUUUAUAAUAACUUCCUAGCUACUAGCUCCGACGAUAGAAGUAUUAAAACAUGGAAGUUACCUAAUAGUGGAGAAUUCUUUGAUAUUUUAGAAAGUAAUAUGAAUGAUUCUCAAAACAUUAAGAGAGGAGAGUUCGUUGAGAAAAUAGCCUCUCCUAUAGCAAGUUUACAUGGACACGAAAAGAGAGUAACUUUGAUUGAGUUUAAUAGAAAUGCUAAUAAUAUUCUAUCUUCAACUUCUAGUGAUGGAGAAAUUGCAAUUUGGGAUCUUGAAAGAUCUCUGAAGAUCUUUUCUUAUCAAGAAAACAAGAACCUCUGUUAUGAUAUUAAAUGGAAUUAUUUUGGAAAUAUUUUAGCUACUACUAAUAAAGACAGAUUAAUAAGAAUUGUAGAUCCUAGAGAACAAACUACUGCAUUAAACUUUUUAGCACAUGAAGGUACCCGUAUUGGUAAAUGUACAUGGAUGGGUGGUUUUGGUACCAUACAAAAUAAGUUAAUAACAACAGGAUUUACUAAAGCAGGAUCUAGAUCAGUUAAACUUUGGGAUAUACGUAAUAUAGAAUCUCCAAUUAUUGAUAUUCAGUUGGAUAUUAUGUCAAGUACUUUAUAUCCAAACUUUGAUGAUAAUUUUAAGCUAUUAACUGUGUUUGGAAAAGGUGAUGGAAAUUUCAGAGUUUUUAGAUUCGAUAGUGAGGAAGAAUCUCUAAUUCAAAUGGAAGAAGUAAGGACAACUAAGCCACAGAGAGGGGCAUGCUUUUUACCAACAAGAUGUUUAGACAUAUCAAAAUCUGAAGUAAUUCGUCUAUUUAAAGCUGUUAAUACUGACUCUAUUGAUGUGGUUAGUAUUUGUUUACCUAGAAAACAUCAUACAUACUCUGAAGAUCUUUUCCCUGAUUGCUUUGCAGGUAUACCAUCCUGUACUUCUGAUGAAUGGAGAAAAGGAAUCUCAAAUCCACCAGUUCUAGUUUCAAUGAACCCAGAGUCUGAAAAGAAACCAUACAUUCCCAAAGAGGAAGAUUUUCUAUACAAGCAAUUAUCUAAAAAAAUGGCAUCUAGUACAAAAAAUGCUUCUUCUGCUAAUUUAAGCAGAGUUAGUACCUUAAAUAAGCAGUUCUCAAUUAGUUCCAGUAGAUCUCUUGAUCAUUUAAAUGAGCCUACAGGUAUUCCUGAGGAAAUUGAAGAUCAACUAAAUGAAACAAACCUUUCAAGUAGGAAAUCUUCAUUAUCUAGAAAAAAUUCAAAAUCUUCAGGUUUUUUCUCAAAAUUAAGUUCAAUGAUGUCAUUUGGUAGAAAGAAUUCCAAUAAUGUAAAAAUUGUCUCAAAAAAGAGUUUAGAACUUCCUAAAGAGGAGCUUUUAAUCGAAAAUCAUAUAUUUGAUAACCACUCAGAGAAAGAUUCAAUUCAAGGAUCAACAAAAUCCAGUUAUUAUGGUCCAGUAUCAGAGUCUGGAUCAAACAAAAACUCUCCAAAUAUGUUUGGAUCAUUGUUACACACCUCCUGCCAAACCGUCCCAAAUCCUAAAGAUUGUAACUUGUUUGAAAAGAAGGAACUUGAAUAUAGUGAUAUACUGGACUAUAGAGCAGAAUACUCUGGUAGUACAUCAGUUGUAGACCUCCCAGCAUGCUAUUUCAGUCUUGGAAGGCCAGAAGUGCCAUGUAAUUUACCAUCUCUAAAUAGUCCAAAUCAUAAUGAAACUUUCAAUUCUCUAUGUAAUAAGGGAUUUGUUAAAAGAAUGGUUGAAUCUAUUAACUCUGGUAACUGUAAUCUUCCUACUACUCAAAUUGAGAGUUUUGGAUUUAAUAAAGACAAACUUUGUAAACAAGGUCUUUCUCAAAGAAGCUUAAGUAAUGCAUCUUUAGAUACUCUUUCAAUUAUUUCAAAAAAUUCAUCCCUAACUGAUUUUGAAUCAAUUUCAUCAAAUAUAAUUAAUAGUAUAAAAAGAGAUCUAGAGGAUGCCAAUAAAAGGAUUUCUCAGCUUGAUCAGGCCCUUAAAUCCAACUAUAUUUCUAAACAAAAAGAUGUUCUAAAAAAGCAAAGUAUUGAAAACAAAUCAGCAGAACUUGCUCAACUUAGAGAAGAAUUAUCCAGAUUGAGCUCAGAGUACUAUGAUCUAAACACUGCAUAUAGGCAACAAUCCGCCUUAUUUGGUCUCUACAAGGAGUUUUAUGGAGAGCUUGAAGACAUUUUAGCUGAAUCAUUUAAAGGUAUGCAAGAAGUUGUAGCUGACAAGCUCUAA